CAAUGGCUGCAACCGAGUACCGAGCACUGCCUGCUCCUGUCGUUGCUCUCUAUGGAUCCUCGUAAUUAUCUAUAUCCGCUCCACCGCGCAUGCGCGUCCGUCGGUUCGCGGUUGCGCCAACUGGUAGAGGAUGUUGCUAGCAGCCAGUGUAGAUGCACAGCCUUUUUCACAACAAUAACAUCAACCAAAUUUCCAUCUUCCCGUACCCGAUUUGAGGAUUGUACCUUCCGAGCGCUGUCGGACACCGAGCUUUGGACCGCGACACGCUGAAACCCCCGUUGUAUCUUUCGGCUUCAUCUCGUGUUGACAAUGGGAGCGGAGAGGUUUGCAGAUUUACAGGGCUCCUCUUUGCAGGAGCAGAAACAAGAAUCAUGGCUGGCCAGCUAGGCCGCAGAUGGAUUUUGCAGCCAAGAGCAACAGCCUAUUGAUACAAAACACUGUACGCAUUCGUGGUACUUGCACGCAACGGCGGUGCUAAGUAGUCUGUGUUUUAGUUAACGCGGUCACCUUUCGUUUUUGUUGUCUUUUUUUGGGGCCAACACCACAAGCUAGUGAGCCCGCUAGCUUCUUCUCAACCUUGACUGGUUGACGUCUCGCCUUCGUAGUUAGCUCCUUUAGCCAGCUAACGAGAGCUAGCGUCGCUUGGCCAGCCACCCACAGGGCAGAGACAUUGGGGGAGAAAUCUUGUUGGAUUCAGCCCCGUUGUUGUUGUGUGCCCCGGGGUAAUUGUGUCGCUAAUUCCUAUCGUGUGUUCCUGGAUGAAUGUGGGACAAAAUGGAGACCCCGACGAUUGUGUACGAUUUGGAUACCUCUGGGGGCUUAAUGGAGCAAAUCCAAACGCUGCUGGCGCCCCCGAAGUCAGAGGAGGUAGAGAAGAGGAGUCGGAAGUUGGUGAGAGACGUCCGGAGGAGCGGCAGGGCCACGAACCACGACACCUGUGAUAGCUGCCGGGAGGGGGGAGACCUCCUGUGCUGCGACCACUGUCCAGCAGCUUUCCACCUCCAAUGCUGCAACCCACCUCUAAGUGAAGAAAUGCUUCCCCCUGGAGAAUGGAUGUGUCAUCGCUGCAAUGUUCGGAAAAAGAAGCGAGAACAGAAGUCCGAACAGACCAAUGGUCUACCUGAGAAGUCCUCGUCUAAACGCCCUGCUUCCCCGCCGGUGGAGCUGGACCUCAGCACUGGUCCUUUACGGCUCGACGGGCUGCCUCCGGGUGCUGGAGCGGCUGGACCUGGUCUCCGGGUGGCCCAGGUACGCCUUUUGGAACGCAGGACCAGCAGCAGACCGAGCAGCCGGCCUGGGACUCCAACUUCCAACACAUCGUCCACCCCGACACCUUCAGAGGAGCAGAACGACGGGGAGGAGGAGGCAGCAGAGCCCGAGGACGAGGUUCAGGGCACAGAGCUCGAAGGUGCUACGCUAUCUGCUCCAACACCACGCCUUCUCAAGAGGCCCUUUCAGCUCCUAAUAGCAGCCGCCAUGGAGAGAAACCCUACACAGUUCCAGUUGCCCAGCGAGCUCACCUGCACCACUGCACUGCCAGGCACCAGUAAACGAAGAAGAAAAGAGGAACUACUAGGAAAACCAUUCAGGAGGCCUCAGCACGAACUGGAUCCCAAUGGUCUGGUCCCUCUUCCAGUCAAAGUUUGCUUUUCAUGCAACAGGAGUUGCAGGUUGGCGCCGUUGAUCCAGUGCGAUUAUUGUCCUCUAUUGUUCCACAUGGACUGUCUGGAUCCUCCACUCACAGCUUUACCUGCCGGCAAAUGGAUGUGUCCAAACCACGUUGAGCACUUAGUGCUGAAUCAGAGGAGUCUUAGCCUGUCCAGCCGCUGUCAGCUGUUUGACCAGUUCCAGGACAGGAUGUCCCAGCACGCUGUCAAGCUAGACUUCCUGCGAAGAGUCCAUCGGCAGAACGCACCCAACCGUCGCACCUCUCACCAGCACAAGAAGACCAUCAAGGUUCCCGAUGCCAUUAAGUCCCAGUACCAGAAUCCUCCCCCCAUGCUGCUACCUGCAGGGGUGCGUCAGUUAGAGCUGGUUUGUAGUGGCGUUCCCAAGCGUCAGCCAUUAAAACACCUCACCACAGAAGCUGAUCAAGAGGAGUGGCUUCAGGACGUCAUCGCACUCCAGUGCAGCAUCAUGCGACACUUAUCCAUCAAGCAGAAGGCCUCAUCCACGGCAUCCACCGUGUCGUCAGCGGAGUGGGACUCUAAGCAGGAUGCGAGCACAAAAUGUUGCAUAACAUCAGAGGAUAUGAAAUCUCAGACCUCUUUAGGAAGGACUUCUUCCCCUGACCCCUGCUCUAAAGCCUGCGGCGCACCCGAUGACCCUCACGGGGACUCUCUUUCCAGGAAUACCCCAGUAGAGCUGGGCGUUUGUAAAUGCAGCAUGACACCAUGUCAGAACUGUAGGAAACCCAACGGACCUCUAGCAGAGGUUCAGCCUCCCAAAGCCAACGGGCCUGUAGACUCUACUGCUGCCUCAGGCUCCUGCAGGCAGGCUGAACUGCAGCAUAGACUGAAGCCCAGUGCAACACCCCCAAACACAGCCUCUGCAAGUUGUCUGGUGAACCACAUAGGAACAGGGACGGUUAAAAGGGAGCCCGAGAGCUCCACGGAGUCCUGCGCUCAGAAAAACUGCCCGGCUGCUCCCACGAUAUGGCCCCACAGCAUUGAGCAGAACCAUCGGAGCCAGGCAGAGCUCCAGGGUGUUUGCAUGAGCAGAGAUGAGAAACCCUCUGACUCCAUUACCAGCAGUUCCCCGACAGAAAAAGCAUCUAAAGGCAAACAGGAGCAGGACUUGACCAAGCUGGGGUCAUCGUCAUCGUCGCCAACUCCAGACAAGAAGUCUGGUCCUGGACUUAUGGACUCAGUACUUCCCAGCACUCUCUCUGCCAUCGCAAACCUGUCCAGCUACAUGAAGGAUGGAAAGGAGGAGGAUGGGGGGAUCGAGCUGGACAAAUUGGAUACAGAGAUGAUCAAGCUCCUGGCCUAUCAAAGGAUCCAGCAGCUCUUCCCCCCAAAAGUGCCCAGCACUCCACCUCCCCCAGCCAUCCCCACUGCCCCCAAAACCCUGUUCCCCGUCCCCGACAAUUUAAAGAAGGUGCAGGCCCGAGCUGUCUUCUAUCCUCUGACAGGAAAAGGAGGAGCUGUUAGCAUGUGCUACAGGACGUUAUACAUAGGAUCUGGUGCUGACAUGGAUGUGUGCCUUACAAACUACGGUCACUGCAACUACAUAUCGGGGAAACACGCCUGCAUAUUCUACGAUGAGAAUACCAAGCAUUACGAGUUGCUCAACUACAGCGAGCACGGCACCACGGUGGACAACGUCCUCUACUCGUGUGACUUCUCCGAGAAGGCCUCGCCGUCUCCGCCCAGUGGCCUCGUGGCGAAGGUCCAAGGCAUCAUCCGUCGCAGCAGGAAGCGCGAGGAGGACGAGGGCCCCGGCUCCGUGGUGAGCGUGUUGCCAGCGGGCGGAGUGAUGAGCAGCCAGGCUCAGGGCGCCGCGGAGCCAACGUGCAGCUGCAAGGCGAGCAGCUCCAGCCUGAUCGGAGGCAGCGGGGCGGGCUGGGAGGGCACGGCCCUGCUCCACCACGGCAGCUACAUCAAACUGGGCUGCCUCCAGUUUAUCUUCAGCAUCACAGAGUUCGCCAGUAAGCAGCCCAAAGAAGAGCAGACUGCCGCUCCUGCUGCCAGCUGCACGAGCGUCACCAGCAGCAGCAGCAUCAGCGUGGCCAGCAGCGCCCCCUCCACCGCCUCCACCACCACCACCACCACCACCACCUCCACCUCCUCCUCCACCCCACCACCUAACACUGCCGCCGUGAGUAGCCCUUCCAGCCAGGAUGAGGCUGACACUGAGACUGUCCCUCCCCACCAAGUGCCCGUACUGCGCUCCAACUCGGUUCCGUAGCCCACACAGGAAGCCCCCAACCUCCCUCUUUUUUUGUUUUGCACCUUCCAAGUCACAAUGAAGGGAAAGCUGCACAGCUGGUUGGUCAACAGGGAAAAAUUUUUUUUUUUUUUUUCAUUUUUAAUGGUUUAUAUCUUUGCAUGAACUUGAAGUAUUAUUGACAAUCUCUUCUGUUUGUGAAUGACUGACAGUAACCUUGUGUUCACUUCAGACCGUUAGGACUUUGGGCAAACGUUAUUUAGCUGUGCUCAAUUUUCUUUUUUCUUUUUUUUUUUCUUUUUGCCAGUGUUUUAGUUAUGUAUGGUGUAACCUCCUUAUGUUGUCAGUCAGCCCAUUUAGCACAAACCUUUUAUUUUGUAGUAUUGAAUUCCAUACAUUGUAAUUUCUUUUGCUGCUUUUGCACCACAGGUAGCUAUAUGUAUGAAAACAUACAUGCUUAUACACUAUGAUAUGUAUAUAUACUGUAUAUAUAUAUAAUUCAGUGCCUCUCAAUUGGAGAAACAUUGGAUUUCAUGUAGAUUUGCCAUUUUUUGGUUUUUAACUGUACAGUUAAUGGAAUUUGUGAUACCGUGUAGAGUUCCAGAAGUUUUGUGAUAAAACUUGUUCUUAGUCUGUACUUUCCGCUGUAGUCCAUCUGUAAAUACCAUAUUGUUUUAGCACUCAUUUUAACAUCUUGUGCUGCUCUGUAUAUAGGCACUCUGUCUGUACUUGCUUGUCUAUUCAAACCUGUAAAUACAGAAAGAUUUUCUAAGAACAAA